AUGGAAAUUCCGCCAUUCUUGUCAGACACGCCCAUGCAAGGCGAACCCGCUUGCAAUUGGGCUGAUUUCCUCUCGCCGCAGCUUCGACGUUUUCCCCGUGCCUACAACAAGAUCACUCUCCAUAACAGGCUCGGCCAUGGAAUUGAGGGCUGCGUGGGGCGCGUCAAGUUCGAUGACGACAAGUCGUCGUUCGCUCUCAAGAUCUUUUUCGAUUCGGUCCCAGACCCGGAACACGGUGGCUGGUGGCCACUGGAACGCGAAGCUCGCAACGUUGCGAUCCUCGAGAAGGUACAGGCCGGCCUCCGCCAGUCCUCGCCGGAACCCAUUCACGUCCCCGCCAAACGGACGACACGGCUCGACUGUCUGCGCUGUCUGUACGCAUUCUCGGCCGACGGUCGGCGCUCUCGCGAUUUCGACGGACUCCCGGCCGAUUCCAAAGUCGCAAUGUCCGACUCGGACACCCGGCUCCGCCAAUGCUUCGGGUGGAUCCGCGUUCAAGGAGCCGAUUUCAUGCGCAUGAACAAGAUAAUCGAAAUAGACUACGAUGCCAAACAUAAUGGUGAGGGUUAUGCCAGCUACCUUGAGCGUGACAAGAUCUACUACGCCAUUGUGUAUGAGUAUGUCCCCGAGGAAAAGCUUGAGCUCGGCCCUGUCCAACGGCAGUUGGACUUUUUUUACUACCUCGGAUUUCUUCCCUGCCAAACGAUGAGAGCCGUGAACUGGCAAGGUCCCGGCAUUCUGCUCGACUUUGGUGAUUACAACUCGCCGGUCGAUCAAUGGUUCCCGGCAGUCUUUUGUUACACCCCGCGUCCCGAGGCCGAGUUCAUCAUCGACCCGAAGACGGUCGAAGCAAGAAUAUCGGAGAAAUACAACAGGAUACGAGUGUUGCGUGAUCAGGGAAUUGGACCCACGGAAGAAGAGAAGCGGGAGCGGGACAUAGAGCGAGCGAGCGCAGCGACAGGAAGGUGGGUCGAAUGGGGCUAUUACGAAGAUCGACGGGGCAGAUCCUACUUUAACUGUAAGUUCUGGGGCCGUAGGAAACUUGAACAUGGCUCGCCGCUCGUCUUUCCAACUAACUUGUGGCGCAGUGACCAAAGAAGAAAUCCUCGAAAACGAGCUCGAGGAGGAUCCCCUCGCUGA